UUUUGUCCAGAAGGAUCCGCCCUCGCCUUCCCUUGCCCCACAGGGGAGUACCAGCCAAACCCGGGAUCGGAGAACUGCAUCCCAUGCCGACCUGGAUUCUACUGUGAAGAGGCCAUAGUGGGCGAGCCACAGCCCUGCCCACCGCACUCAUACUGUCCUGCAGGCACGAUGGUGCCUCAGCCCUGUCCUAAUGGGACCUACACUGAUUCAAACCACGGAGGGUUACAGGACGAGAGUGAGUGCUUGCCCUGCCCUCCGGGGAAGUUCUGCAGGGCUGGUAAAAUCCAGGGAUUUUGCGCUGCAGGGUACCUUUGUCUUUCUGGGAGCGCAGAUUUCCAUCCUCAGGGGCUAGUGUCAAACAUGACUGUAUGUCAGUGGGGUGUGCAGUGUGCCGGACCAUGUCCACCAGGCUUUUUUUGCCCUGAAGGCACACAACACGCUCAGAUGUGUCCUGCAAACACAAUCAGAAGCUCCCCUGGAGGUGUGAGCCUACUGGACUGCUCACCAUGCCCACCUCAGUACUGGUGUAAGCCUGGCGACCCGCUCUUUCAUCUGUGUCCUGCUGGUCAUUACUGUGACGGUCUGCCUGGCAGCGACUUUAAUGGAAGUAGUGGACCCAGGCCGUGUCCACUGUAUACUUAUCGAGUUUUUCCAGGAGCUGGCAGCAAGGGUGACUGCCUGCCAUGUCCCCCCGGUUCAAACUGUAACAGCACAGGCUUUACAAACUACUCCAGCACUCCCUGCCCACCCGGCUUCUGGUGCAGUGGGUCUGGACCCCCUAUUCUGUGCCCAGCGGGAACCAAAAGGCCGCUUCCAGGAGCUGCCACCCCCGAUCACUGCGAACCCUGUGAGGGGGGAACUUUCUGUCCAGAUCCUCGCGUAACAGGAAAGCCAAACGUAGAAGGGAUUCCCUGUAGAGCUGCUUACCAAUGUCCUGCUGGGGCAGCUUUAGAGAAGCCGUGCAGAGCCGGCUCAUACUGUGGACCUCAGACUGCUGAGCCCCAGAUCUGUCCAGAAGGCUACAUUUGCCCUGAAGGAUCCUUUUCAUAUAAUAACCCCAAACAAAUGUGUCCUUUUCCAUACUACUGCCCAGCUAACAGCUCCUUCAUGAGGUCCUGUGAAGGAGGCUCCAUGCCUGUCCACAUCGUCGGGCUCAGAGGGUCCAAAAGCAGCUGCUGUCGGUUGUGUGACGAAGGCUUCUAUAGAAUCCACCUCUCGCCAAAUCUGCAAUGCCUUCCAUGUCCACUAGGAUAUUAUUGCCCUGCAGGUACAGGCAGCUACAAAAAUACGCCCUGUCCUCUGGGGUACGUUUGCCCCAUGGGUUCAACACAACCAGUCCCUUGCCCGCCUGGCACCUUUGGUAACAUCACUCACGGGGAGAAGACAGAGGACUGUCACCCAUGUCCAGCUAACACCUUCAACCAUCGUCCUGCUCAGAAAGCUUGUUUUCCCUGUGGGAGCUCUUCCACCUCACCAGCAGGCUCUUCUUCCUGUACCUGCCUUGGUAAAAACCGAGCUUUCCAUUACUCUGACGGAUCCUGUUUGUGCAGAACUGGUUUCAUUUUCUACAACGAGCUGGAUUUCAAAAGCUCUUUAUCAGACAGUGAACUGGACUGUCAGCCGGAGGUGAACAGACGAUGUUCAACAGGAGAGGUGCGUUUGGCAUCAUCCAGAGACUGUGUCUCUCCCUCACUUCACUCAUGUAACGUUACCUGUGGAAAACAUGGAGGCACUCUGGAUGUGGAAAUGGGCAUCUGCCGUUGUGAGCAAUAUGUGUCUGCAGAGGAGCUUUGCAACACUUCCUGCCUCUCCAGACUGCCUCAGCUUUCCGCCCAGCUUUCACCAGAUGGAGACAUUCUGCUCAGCCUCAAAGAAAGAGACAGCAUGCUGUGGACUAAGAGAGUAAUCAGUGUUUUAGGUCCAGACAUCCAUACAAAGGUUUCUGGAAAAACGCAUCUGGUCCAGUUUGACUCUGACGGAGUGUUUGGUUGGAUUCCCUCACAGAAGGAUGUUGUCAAUCAGUUUCUGUCAGAGCCUUUUGAAACCCUAAGAUCCAGAAAAAGGAGAUAUGCAGAUGAUGUUGAUGUUGAUGAUGAUGGCGCUCUGACCACUCUGCCAAGAAUCCCCAAUCCCAUUGUCUGCCUUUCCUCUGGUGACAUGCUCAUUUUCCAUCUUACCAUCAAUCACACCGACCGCCGUCUUAGCCACUUCCCAGUUUAUCAAAAAGACCACCUGUUCAACAGUAACCCAAACUGGGACUUUGGCACCUUCAGACAUCUGCAGAUACUCAUGAAGCAGACCAACUUCAACUCUUCAUGGUUCGCUCAUGUGUUUUCUGAGGCAGGGAAGUAUGUGUUUGUGGACAGCGCAGUGCCUCAGAGGAGUAUGGUGGUGGUUGUCAGUGACGAGGGGACAGAGUGUGACCCCAGGGCUACUGCGUUUCAACCUAUGACCCCUGCUCACCUGGUCAGAUAUGGCGUUGUCAAACACCACCGGCUCAACCUUCUGCCUGACUGGGGGCUGAUUUUGGCUGUCCUGUGUCUGCUGCUGGUUGUGGUUGUUGUGCUGACCAUAACAGUGCUGGUUUUGCAGCCAGACAAAACAAAGCUCGUCCCACAGUGGAGGUCAAAGCCGAAGUGGCGAAGCCUUGGAGAGCCCUUCUGUCCGGUGGAGUGUGUUUGCAGUAAAGAAAGCACAGUCAUCCAAAGCCCAGCUGGCAUCCUUGGCACCAGAGGGGUUGGAGAGGGAGCAGAAGCUGAGGAACCAGCUGUUUCAAAGGGUGGUGGUGUGUCUGGUUGCUGCGAUCUGGAGGAGUUCAAUGUGAAAACUCUUUAUGACAAACUGGAAGAUCAAAAUCUCCACAUAGCUUCUCAGCUGGCUCGGCACCGCAAAGACAUGCAGGAAUUUUACAGAAAUAUCUGCGAACACGCUGAAUCACUGAAGAAUGUCUUAGAGAAUAUGGACAGUAAAAAACUGAGUCUCCUUAAAGAAAUUUUGGUGGAUAAGACAGUGAAGGAUAAAUCGUCUCAUAGCUGUGUUGAAGACCAUGCUUCUCAAGACGGGGCCUGUGUAUUUUUACUGGGAGCUGUUCUCAAAUCAGUGGAAGCUCUCUUGUUCAAGCUAACCGGAGAAACAUGGCAGAACCGGGAUUUGUGUGGAAUCCAAUACUGUGCUACUACUCAUCCCAACACCACAGACUGUGAACCUCAAGCUGGAUUCAUACAACCCAUGGAGGCCAACAUGGGUUUUACACAGUUUUCACCCAUGACCAAAGCAGGAGCUGUUCCUAAUGACACAGACCACCACAUGCAGACCACAGCUCCAAGCAUCAGUGAUUACGAUCUGUCCAAGCUGGUCGCUUUGUCUCCUCUGUUUAAAACUCUGCAGGAGAUUCAGCAAUCUUUACAAAAUGUCUCCACAGAUGAGACACGUCAGCAUCGUCACAACGCAAUGCUGCAUUCUGUCCAGGUUGACCGCGACGGACAUCUCACUCCAACUUCACUGGAAAAGCUCUCACCGCAACACUCCGCCAUUUUUCUGUUUGGUUGUCAGGUGAUGCAGUUGCUUUCAAACAGCCCCAGGUUCCCCUCUGUACUGCUGCUUCUGGCCAAGUCAAUCCCCUCUUCCUCAUCCGCCUCUGAUGAGAGUCUGCUGGCACAUUGCUCUGAGGACUAUUACUUUGAUGCAUCCAAUCAAAUCCUUUAUUUGUCAGAGGCAAAGCUUCAGCACGUGGGACGUUUCAUUGCUGUCAUCCUGCAGUCUAUGGCCCACAUCGCGGCAGGAUCCACGCCUCAGAGGUUUAUGCAAGCUCUUGAUGAGGCCAUUUCCGCUCUAAGCCUUCAGCUGUUCAAUCUGUCAUUCAAAUGGAGUGCAGCAGAGGCAAAUUUGGAAGCGUCCAACGGGGAGCAUGGCACACUGGCUGAACAAUUUUUCACUGUAAGGGUUCCCUCUGAGACACUCUUCUCUGAGCAUUUACUUGCUAGCAGAAUGGAGAAGUAUAAAUAUUUCAAGUUGGAGCAGCUCGUCUGCAAUUCCAAGCAAACUUUUAUCCCAGACACUGACACAGGUUUUUUACCUAAAGGGACACCUGUGCAGAUUUCAUGUAUCGAGGAAGAAAUUGACCGCAUGAGCGAGUCUUUCCUGCAGCUAAGUAUGCAGCUUCAGAGGAGAAGUCAAAUGAGCACAUGGCUGAAGGAAAGAGAGAACAGUGCUGAAAACUAUACGAGGAAAUCAUCAGCGAGCGCGCCAGGCCUGAGUCGCAGCGGAACGAUCCUGCUGGAGCUUAAGAGACACCUUGUAUCGCAGCGCCUCGAUGAGCUAAAAGUCACAUUAGACCUAAUGAGACGGCGCCAGCAGCACGACAGCAAGUUGAAAGAUGGAGCAGGAGGCCGUACCCAAAGUGACAGCUCCAUCACUCAGCAGGGGGAAAGUGAGCUUGUUUCUACGUCGGAUGGAUGCAACUCGGCCAUGGACCAGCAGGGGUACAAAACCUCAGCUGACUAGAGUCACAAGCAAGGGGCAGGAUAUGCAAAAUGGUAAUUCUUACUGAAGGGUUAUAUUUCUGAUCAGCAAAAGAGCCAGUGUGAGAUGAACAAAUCAUUGUCCACACAAAAAAGUCAUGGUUCUCUUAUUUUAUUUUAUUUUUUUCAGGUAGGAAUUUAUGAAAAGUGCAUCAAUUGGGAACAAUGUUACAGGGAGGCAACCUACAGUGCUGCACCAUGGAAACCAUCCAACAAAAAUUAGACCUGCAUCUUCAAAAGAGGUCUUCUAUUAUAGGUGGUAGGCUCCACCCCUUACCAAACCAAUACUAAUCAAUCAAACAUGUCCUGAGAAACAAAACAUUAAAAUAUAUGUUACUUUUAACAAGUUAUACAACAAAAAAGGUCUCCCAAUUGACAACAAUUUCCAAACAAAAAUACAAAACAAAAAGAAUAACAGGCCUGUUAUAGGAAACCUAAACAAUAGGUGCGUCCAUUGGACUUCUGGAUUCAGGAAGUGCUUCUAACGCUGCGUUCACACUGAACACGAUUUGCGCGUCAGAGGCGGCCAGUUUCAGUGUUAAAUCGGUGGUACAGACGCAAUCUGAGGUCCUGCGGUGUGAUUUGGGCCAUGGGUGCAGCACGGCAGUCUGGCAGCAGGAUGAUUUGAGCGGCAUAGCAAGAGUUCAAAUAUCUGAGUUUUGGCCUGGUUGCCGUGGCGCAUCUACCAAUCAGAGACUCCACUUUGGGCACAUGAUGUUUUCAUUGGGUUGAAUACUAAUCCAGUCAUGCAAGCAUUUUUGUCCUGAACUUCUAUGUAUUUUCUUAACUCUGUGCACCCUCUGAUUCUGUCAAAAACAAAUUCACUUUAACUUUCAAACGGUGAAAAACUUGUACUCUGUCACACAGAGUGAGCACUAAACAAUCUGAACCCACAAACAGAAAACACAAAAAAUACAGAUGUGGUUAAAGAGAGCAAUCACUGAUUAGAAAGUAGAAUUCUGUUGCUGCAAAUGUGUGUGCUUCGAUUUAUUUGUCCAGUCUCUUUGUCUUCUUUGUUUGUAUCCUUUCAUGUUUGCCCUAGAUUAAAACAAUAAAAAAAUGACAUUAUUUGUUGUUUUCUAUCUAACUGGAAAUGAUACCAGUGACUUUAGUAGUAACUUACACCAGCUUUAGGAUUUACAGGCAGUGUUCAAAAGCAUAUUCUUUUCCAAAACAAUAAACAAGAAAAAGUGAUAGUCAUAUUUUCUGCGCUGCCCCCUAAAGGUGACGAGAUGCAUCUUCUUAUCUAUAAUGAACUACAAUAGUGUCCUUCCAUCCUUUCUGUUUUCUUUGUUCAGCACACAUGUAAAAUCCCCCUUUAACCAGACAGAGCAGUAAUCUGCGCCGCUAGACUGCGGCCUUCUCCUGGUUCAGUGCUUUAUCUGACACAUGGGGUUGUGGGUCUUAUAAUAGAAAGCCAGUAUUUCUAGAGGAGGCCACGAGCCAAAUCAGAAGGUCAGAUGGAAGAAGUCUUCACUUGCUAUCAGUGUUAGCUUAAAGCUGUAUGCCAAGUGCCCCUGGCUGAAUUUGGCAUUGCCCUGUGGAUGUGUUUGUGUGCACGUUUGUGAGUAGUGUAUGUGUGU